UCAGCAGCCUCGCCUCCACCCGAUUCAGUCGCGUCCUCCUUCCCAAGGCUUUCUCCGAUCUGCCAACCCACCACCCCACCACGCCUCGCUCUCUCUGCCCCCUCCUUCCCCACGCAGCGCCGAUGGGGCAGGGCCUCCGCGGCCGCCGGCGCCCUCUGCGACUCCUCUUCUCCAUGAUUCGCCCGCUAUUACUCCUCUCCUCCACGAUUCGUGGUGAUGUUGGGGUGGCAUCUUCUUCGAGCGGGAGGUGUGCCUCGUCCUCGCACAUGCCCGGCCGCGCCAUCGGAGCCCCCCGCAGUGUAGAGGCAGUGCUCCGCCACCCGAUGCUGUUCUUCGCGUCGUCCCGCGCUCCCAAAGCUGGGAACCGGCUCCCCGCCUCCAAGUUCUCGGCAUCGACGUCCCGUGCUGCCUGCAUCCUCGCCAAGCCCGACUCGCAGCCGUGUAGCCCGAGCUCGCCAAGGCGCUUCAACUCCGCCGCCGCGCCAUCUUCUUCAGGCGCUCGAGCACGAGCACAAGCUCGCCCGCGCCCCACCUCUCUCUGCCGCUCCGUCCGCCGCCCGCGGUGCCGUGACCCGCCACUGCCGUGCCCUGCAUCACUCUGUAGCCGCGCCGCCUGGGUCGAUGCGGUCAGCGCUCCCAAGCCGUUGACCCCGCGCCAGGGGACGACUAUUUCCUCCCAUGCGUGCGCGCCCGUGCUCCAGCCCUCCCCUCCCCAUGCUGCCGGCACACUCGCGCCGGGGCCGUAUCCAGCCUGUGCCUGGACGACGGAAGCCCCCUCACUGUCCGUGCGCUUCGGCCAGCUCCCUGUCGCGCUCGAGACCUCCUCGAGUCUUCCCGCCGAGGCCUUCCCGGUGACCAGCCUUUGA